AUGAGCGGCGUUGGUGCGGUUCCCGCUUCUCGCUUCGCCCGACCACUACCACAUACGCAGCUCAACCACUUCCUGCGUACCACCAAAUCUCUCCUCGCCUCGGGAGGUCUCGACAACGAGGACGUCGUUUAUGUCAUCACUCCACGCUCUCCAACGCUCGAUCAAGCGGUCGCAGCUAUCAGCUUUGCAUAUCUCGAGCAGCAGCUCGACUCGAGCGUACAUACGCAGCGUCGCUACGUUCCCAUUCUCUCAGCUUCCCGUCAAGCGUGUCUGCAAGAUGCGGUGCCAGAGCUGGCACUUGCGUUGCAAGCGACAUUGAUAGCCGAGGAUAACGUCGUCUUUGAGGAUGACGAGGUGUACAAGACGGUCAAUGCGUAUGCGUCCAAGAAGAAAAUGGUGCUCGUGGGGGGCACGACGGAGCAGAAGGGCGAAGAGGCGUGGAAUGCUUGGCUGGACCUGCACGGUGCCGAGCUGUUCGGUGUCAUCGAUAUCGAAAACACAUUGCCCAAGGCACUUCACGAUGAACUAGGAGGUGUAAACGAGAAGCUCAAUGUGGCACUGUUCCCUCCUCAAGCGAUGAGGGGUAGUGGAGAAGCCGAGCCGAGUUUGGCAUCGCUCGUAGCAUUGUGGGCGAAACAGCAAAUUGCGCAGGCAUCGACCGCACAGCAGAUCGUGACUAAGGAGCUUGCCGACUUGAUGCUCGCGGCAAUCCUGCUUGAGACCGACAACCUGUCGGAAUCCAAGACCAAUUCGGCGGAUUUGGGCGCAGUCGGCUGGCUCAACCCGCGCUCGUCGUUUCAGCUUCAAGAUCAGGAUCAAGCGACUUCCACGGAAGCAGAUGCAGAUCAGCAGGCUGAAGAUGAUUUGAAUGACGAUGAGGCAAAUGCGCCCAACUUUGACGCCUUCGUACCCACUUUCCCGGAUCUCGACGCCAUGUAUCGCGCGUUGCAGUCUGCUUCUCGCCAGUCGUCUGCGAAAAGUGCGCUACUUACACGCACAGACUCGACUGCGAUUGCUGCUGCAGGAGCUGACCUUGGUGAUGCAUCGCCUCAGCACUUCCAGUGGAACCUCAUCACCAACACGCUGGCUAACCUGGACGAGGAGCACAAAGCCGCGGUGCCUGCUUUCGCCCGCCAAACGGUCCUCGGUGACUUUGCUGCCGUGCUCACGUCCGACCUCGCUUCUCGCCUCUUCAAGCCCAUCGGCUCGCAGCUUGGCCAGCAACUCAGCAGCAACACCACCACCACCACCACCGCCAGUAAAUCCCUCGACUUCACCUCGAUCCAGAAGCAAGUCAACGCGGCAGUAUCGGCAGAAGCGUCGACCGAGUCGCACAGCUUCCAAGUACUUUGUGUCGCCAUUAGUGCUUUGCACGCGUUUGUGCAGAUCAACUGGACUGGGCCUGAGCUCCCGGAUGCUCUGGAACCAUUUGCCUUACUGCGAGCGUCUGCAUCGGAUGCUUUCCCGCCUAGACCGGUAGAUGCCGACGCUGAGGAGAAGAUCCACGGCGAAACAAAGCGUCUGAUCCACCGCUCCUCGCUCGACGCGCUGGCGUUCAAAGGUGAGCCGGCGUACCAUCUAUGCCAGGUGCCCUUCUUCCUCGUGUUUUCCAAACUCCUCAUCGAGGCGUUGUGGGCUGCUCAAUCGUCGCCGCAACAACAGCAAGAGCAACUGUCGCAGAAGGUAGACAUCGAGACACUGGCAUGGUGGAGACUGCGUGCGUUCACGGUGCACAGCCAUGUGCUUGACGAACCAGUCGCAUUCGGUAAGAAAGUGUUCGAACCGGUCAACAAGCUGUGCGAUGUGUUGGUGGCUCGUGCUGCCGCAGAUGCUCAGUCGGUCAGCGGGGAGGAGGGUAAGGGCAAGAGCGAGUGGGCUUCUCUCGCCUCACGACUGAUCUUGGAGCGCGGAAUCGCGCUGCAGAGGCUGGGCAGCGAUCGCGAGGCGUCCGAGACGUUUGUGGAAGCUGCCAAGAAGAAUGGACUGAGGUAUCGCAUGUCUGGUGCGCUAGGCAAGAGGACCAAGUUCCAGAGGGAGGACAAGACGCAACUGGUGCUACUGGCAAAGAGUGUCGUUGCAGAUGGUGGAAAAGAGGACGAAGAAGCGGAGAAAGCAAACGGUCAAGCUGGUAGUCCAGAGGAUGAAAAGGAGGCCUCGACUUUGAAAGGUGAGGGUGAAACGAAAGAGGAGCCGCUCGAAACGGGUUUCUCGUCGAAAGCCAACCCGGAGGAUCAAGUGGCGGGUAUGCCGUCCACCUUUGCCCUCAACGACGAUACGCUGCUCGAGCAGACCAAGUUCACCUCGACCGCUGCUGGCUCCUCUCCCACCUCAACCGGCGCUGCUGACAGUCAAGCUGACGCCGACGCCGACCUCCUCAACCUGGACCCGAACGCUCAACCUCCGCUCGCAGUGCUCGACCAGUGCACGUUGCUCGCACUCUGCCUCAACAUCCGCAACACGCAAGCCGCGCACGGCCUGACGUCGAACCAGAUGCAGAUCUUCAUCUCGCGCGUCGUUUCGCAUCCGCGCAACUGGAUGGUUCACACCAUGUCGUUGCUGCUGCGAGCACGUCUCGAAUCGACCCGCACGCGAACGGUCGAAAGAUCCGUGCUGCAGCUGCAGGCGCUGAUCGACCAGAUGCCGACUAAUGAUUCGUCGAUCCAGGAGCGGCUCAAAUUUUUCCAUGCGCUCGAUCUGCCGCCCAAGUGGGAGAUGCAGGCUGAGCUCGCUCGGCGCUAUGCCAGUAUUGGUGUGACACGCUCGGCGUUGGAGAUUUUCGAGCGAAUCGAGAUGUGGGAAGAGGUGGUACAGUGUCUGGGCAUGUUGGGCAGGCAGGAGGAAGGUGUUGAGGUGGUGAGGGAGCUUUUGAAGGGCACCAAGGUGGAGGCAGAUGUGGAUGUUUCCGUCCGUCGACGCAAGAAUGCCGCAGGUGCGCAGCAGGCAAGUGGUGGAAGCGAGGCUCAGCAAGUCAUGUAUACUCGACUGGAUCGCGCGAGGGAGGCCAAACUCUGGUGUCUGCUCGGCGACCUCGAGCCGUCCUCUGCCCUCGCGCACUACUCGAAAGCGUGGCAAGUCUCGUCUUCUUCCUCCGCUCGUGCGGCGCGCAGUCUCGGCGGCGUACACUUCACGCAGCAAGAUUUCGCCCAAGCUGCCAAAUGGCUUCGACAUGCACUCAAGAUCAACCCGCUCUACACGCGAUCGUGGUUCAUCCUGGGCUGCUGCUACAUGCGACUCGAGAAGUGGAAAGAGGCCGCGCAGUCUUUCCGCCGGUGCACCGCGUUGGACGACGAGGAUAUGGAGAGCUGGAAUAACCUGGCGAGCUGUUAUCUGCGAAUGGUGGAAGGCGCGGGUUCAGGGGCGGCAGAGGAUGCAGUGGGAAUCGAGCGGAUGGGUGCCCAAGGUGGACUGCCGGACAUCUUGGAAGCUGAAGAAGAGGCCGAGCGGGUAUGGGGCGAUACUGCUGCUUACGAUGAGGAGGAGGGGGGAGGAUUGAGCGACUGGAGUGGCAGUUCAAAGUCGGACUCUGGCGUCGAGGUGUCGUCGAGCGAGUCCGAGACGAGCUCUCUGGCUGGUGACAGCGAUGCAAACACGGAGAUGGGCUUACCUGAUCCAGGCGAGCUGCGGACAACGGGCGCUGGAACGCGCGGACGCCGAGGCGCCAACACUGCGAGCGCGACUACAGCCUACUCGCUCAAGUUGCUCGCACACCGAUCGCUGCAGCAAUCGCUUCGCUUUGCACACGAUAACUGGCGCGUAUGGUACAACUAUAUGAUCGUUUGCAUCGAUGUCGGAUACCUGCUGGAAGCCACGCGAGCCAUGGUGCGCGUUACCGAGAUCCAAACGCGCAACAAGAGCAACGACGUCGAACGCGCCAACAGUGUUGAUCUUUCGGUGCUCGCGCGUCUGGUCGACGCGGUCACACGCACGCCCAAAGCCGAGCUCGAAGCGGAAACGCUUGCAGCCGUAGAGGCGUUUGAAGCAGCCAAGGCUCAGCACGAUUCGGCGGAUGCUGCUGCUGCAGCUGCACAGCAGCCGGUCGCCCCCAAACUCGACCCGAACACAGGCUUGGGGCUGUACCCAGCGGUCCGCCGGCUGUUUGACGAAACGCUGCUGGCGCGCAUCUCUUCGAGCUCGGCCAUCUGGAAGCUCUACUCGCGUUUGCUGCUUUGGAACGGCGAACGACAGCGCGCUGUACAGCAUGCUUUGCUGAAUGCGUACAACUCAGCGCUCGAAGCGUCGCUCACUGCCGGUGGAACCGGAGCGGGAGGGGAUCUCAUGUCGGACAAGAAAGUGUUUGUCAGCCUGCUCCACGAUCUGCGCAAUCUUGUGGAUGCGCUGUUGGAGCUGGCGGAGGGACAGGAUGGCGGGGAAGGCGAGGAAAAGGAGGCGCCCGAGCCGCGGUUCCAGGCGCGAAGCCUGGUGAGGAGCUUCCUGGCGAAAACGAGGAGCAGUUGGGAUCAGGAGCCGGAGUACGAUGAGGCCAAGGAGCUGCUGGAGCAGCUGCGGAGCUAA